GAAGAAGAACGAGAUUCAAUCGGAAAUCAGUUCAUGUUGCUUACGAAGGAAAGCGAAGCGGUUUGCUUGGGUCAGAACCAUUAACCUUUGACCCAUAGAAGAACCUAAAGCGUCUCUGUGAGUCUGGGCGGAUCAGAAGGACCUUAGAGUUGAGAGUUCAACCACCGAGGAGCCGCUGAGCAACUCAAACUGGACCAAAGUUCAGAGCUAACUUUAGCCGCGGAGCUAACUUGGGCCAAAGGGGGAUCAAUGGGAGCGAGGCGGAGCAGCUGACCGAACCGGGCAGGACCGGACCGGACCGGAUCCCUGUGAAGGUCAGACCUGUUGAAAGCGACCCGGAGAACUGAUGAUCGCCUGCUGACGUCAGCACAGUACACACCUGGGCAGGUAAGGCUGGAGUCAGAACAUCAGCAGCCGUAACCGCAGGAUGCUCCAGGGCUUGUUGAGUAACCUGGACCGGGACCGGCCUCUGAUCCGGGUCCAGUUCACCAGCUUCGCCGUGGCAACGGUUCUGCUCCCUCUGUCGGGCCUGCUGGCCUGCCUGGUCACCUCGCUGAUAUACCACUACGAGGAAUCCACCUACACACACUGCCAGGUGUCCAACUACCUGCCAUCCAUCAGCUCGGCCAUUAGCCGCGAACCGGAGAUUUACAUCUGGCGCAGCUGCGUGGGUCUGCACUCGGCGCCGCGCUACCUGGUGACCGUGGCCUACUUCAACUUCUACCGCGGCCGCUUCGCCACCAGACUGCCGGAGCUGCUGCUAAGCGGCCUGGCGUUGGUCAGCAGCCUGGUCGAGAACACGGGUCUGCUGCUGCUUACCUAUGUGGCCUCCACCGAAUCCUACAAGAUUCAUAAAUACUCUUUCGUCAUGUUCAUCGGCUGCUCCCUGCUGCACAUGCUCAUCACCUGCAGGCUGUGGUACGUCAUCAAGAGGCACUACGUCAAUCCUGAGGAGAAAACAUCCUUCCUGUGGAAAGCCCGCAUCUUCCUGUUCAACAUCAGCUGCUGCGCCGCCGCUGCAUACUUCUUCAGACGCCACAACAAGUACUGUGAGACGGGAGUCUACACUCUGUUCGCCGCCUUCGAGUACCUGGUGGUGUUCUCCAACAUGGCCUUCCACAUGACAGCCUUCUGGGACUUCGGGAGCGCUCAGGUGAUGGUCGCCACGCUGCCGGAGGACAAACGGUACUGACGCGGACAGGACCGGUUCUGACCCGGAGGACCAGAGCCGACCAGUCAGUCCCACAAGGAAGGAACCAGAAGUUCAGAUGGAACUGCCGGACCAGAUGGUGGGAGCACUGAACUAAAACCCUUCAGGAUGUUCUGUUUCUACUGGUUUUACUGGUUCCACUGGGUUCCCGGCCUGGAUACUCCUGGUUCUGAUCCCAGAGAACAGAACAGUUCCGUCUCGGUUCUGAGCUAUUGGACUUUCAUUCAAGAACAGAACUGCUUUUAAUAAAAACCUAAACUUCAGACCGGUUUGCUGGCUGCACUGGGUCGCCAUGGUGACGGAGGCAAGUCCUGGUGCCGCUGGCCGUGUGGGUCGAUACCGGCUCCUGUGUCUACAUCAUGAAGAGCUUCAGCUGGACCUGAUGAAACCCAGUGGACCAGAAACAGCGGUUGUCAUGGCAACCCAGAUCAUCUCAUAUCCUGGAUCAUGAAGGUUGCACCAAAGGUUUUCCUUCCACCUAAUUUUCUACUAUCAUGGCUGGACACAGCACAGAGCUACAGAUGAAGUUUUCAGAUUCUCUAAACCUUUCAUCAAGAAACAAACAUUUUAUAUAUUUCCUGCGCUGUGUGGAUUCUUAGGAUUCACUGAAAUAAACGAAGUUUUAACAAAGUC